GAGUUGGGUGUCGGUUGGAUGGUGGUUUCUUGCUGGUUUCAUUGUUUGGAGUUGCGUGGAUGGAAUUUGGGUUUUGUUUGGGAGAAUGGAAAGAGUAGGAGGAGGGAGAUGUUGACGUAUAGGGGCUUUGCAUGGAGCUGUGAAGAAUUCGGCAUUGAAACGGAGGUUGAGUGAUGAUUUUGCACGUUCUGAGCAAUUGCAUUAGUUUUCUUGUCAAUGAUAGUUAGAUGAGAUUCUUUAGGGGUGCUGGGGUAGUUUUUUGUUCUGAAAAUGGAUGCUCGAUUUGGGAUCAACAACAAUGACUUGACAAAGAGUGUGUGAAGUUUUACGUCUGCAGCUGCUAUGGCGAGUAACAGAAUCCGAGUUCUCGUCGUGGGUUGCAGCAGUGGAGUAGGCCUCGAGGUGGUAAAAACGCUACUGACAGAAGGAGAUAGGCUUCAAGUUUUUGGACUGGUACGGAAUCAACGGAGGGCAGCUAAAGCUCUUGAUUAUGGGUCAUCAAGAGUGCACUUCAUUCAUGGCAAUGUCACGAAGCCGGAGACUCUUGUGCCAGCCUGCCAAGGAAUGGACGCAGUUGUUUGCACUGUAAGGGCUAGAGCAGGUUGUCGUCUACCUUGUUGGAACAGGGACAGUCCACGAUGUGUGGAAUAUGAAGGCGUCAAGGACUUGGCUGAAGCAGCUGCUUCUGUUGGGGUCCCAAAAUUUGUGCUGGUCUCUGCUGCGGGAGUGACAACGACAUGUGGUGGAGAAUUUUGCCUAAACAUAUUUCAUGGACGUGCCCUUCACUGGAAACUUCUGGGAGAAGAAGCUCUAAGAAGAUCGUACAAGCACGGAGGACUUAGAGAUUUAUCAUACUACAUUAUCAGGCCUGGGCGGCUGAGUAACAAUUUGGGUGGCCUUCUUGGAUGCUCAUUUGAACAAGGUGAUCAAGGUAGGGGAUCUAUAACUCGGAUUGAUGUCGCAGCCAUCGUGGUGGCUUGUAUUGAUGGUCACUGCAUACCAAAUGUCACAUUUGAAGCCUUCAACAACAAAAACAAGCUUGCACCUGCGGAGGAUCUUAACAAGUUUUACUUUUUAGACCCAGAUGAGCCAGUGGCAGAAGGGGCAGAGAUUACUAGCCGGCUUUUGCCCUGAGUCUUGCUCUUUGUUCUCAUGUACUUUAUGCUACAUACUGGUCGCUCUACAUAUCACUAUAGAGGUCCUUUCAGCUCAGACUGUAGGUUGCAGAGACGUCCUUCAACUGAAUAUGUAUACAGGAUUGAUAUAUUCAGGAAAAGCAUUUUAGAGGAAUCUUCGAUUUUAUGCUCGGAUUAGAUGCAACCUGUAGUGAACUCAUGAGCAGGUUCUAGUUUGUGAGGAGAAGCACCCAAGAGCCCGCUACUAAGCUGUGGUACAAAAGCUGUAGAGCGUCAUCUCUGCUACAUUCAGGAUGUCCUAAUAGGCGAGGCAAAUUGUGUGUUCUUCUACGUGGUAUGAGGGCGUAAGUUGUUUGGACCAGUGAAAACUGUUUAUCACUUUUGCUGAGCAGUGUACACUCAGCACAUUAACCGGGGAUUACUCUGAUUACCAAGAACAAGUUAGUGAUGAUUUGACAGUCACAAAUUAAUGGUGAGGCUAAUAAAUAUCUUCUAAGGUUACCAUAAAUGGACUCAGGAUGUUUUUCUUUC